AUGGUGGCUGACUUGAUUGAUGCUAGAUUGGGAUGUUGGAAAAAUCAUUUAAUUGAUUCAUGCUUUAUACCUUCUGUUGCAACAAGGAUUAAAGCAAUUCCUCUAUCUGACUUACCACAACCAGAUAUGUUAUAUUGGGCUUUUGAAAGGAAUGGAGCUUAUUCAGUUAAAUCUGGGUACCAUGUUCUAUGUGAGGAAGAAAGGAGUGGUGAAGCCUCAAGUUCAAAUUCGGGGCUGGUAGCUGGGUUUUGGUCGAAAUUAUGGAAGCUAGGUGUACCGGGGAAAGUUAAGCACUUCCUUUGGAGAGCUUGUACAGAUAGCUUGCCAACCAGAAUUAAUUUGAUGAAAAGGAAAAUUCUGAAUGAUCCGAUCUGCCAUCUGUGUGGCCGAGAUGAUGAAGAUACACUCCAUGCAGUGUGGGGCUGUGAGGUUGUCAAGCAGGUAUGGGACUGUGAUUUCAAUUGGGUGAACAGAUUUGAAGCAGCACAUGGUUCAUUUCAAGACUUGGUAGAGAUGGUCCUGUCAAAACCAAGAGUGCGUGAAGAUUUUGCAACAACAGCAUGGUUUGUAUGGGCACAUAGAAACAAGUCUAGACUGAAUGAAAAAACAACUCCACUCAAUGGUAUUAGAGAGGCAGUACGAAAUUUUCUACACCUGUUUCAGUCUUGCCGUGAACCACCUGUGAGUUAUAAGAAGCAGAGACAACGCAACUAG